AUGUCAAAGGUUGCUAAGGUUGAUCAAAGAGUUAAGGAAUAUCUGGAGGAAGCUGGGUAUGAAAAAUUGGCUCGGUGUCACUCUCCUAUGAAUAGAGGUAGAAUGAUGACUUCAAAUAUAGCCAAAUAUAUUAAUGGAUGUUUGGUUGAGGCUAGAAAACUUCCUAUUCUAGGUUUCCUAGAAGAAAUUAGAAUCUUAUUUGCUGCAUGGAAUUGUAAGAACAACAAAAUUGCAUCAUACACAAAUACAACUCUUGACAGAAGAUUUGAAGAAAUUCUUACUCAUAAUGGUGUUAAAGCUUUGCGGGUGACGGUUAAGCCAGCACGGAGUUAUCUUUAUUGUUCUUAUGAUUCAGGACGAAGGUACAUUGUAAAUAUUGAGCAUGGCACGUGCAAUUGUGGCCGGACACAAACGAUAGUGAAGACAUAUGAACUCCCGAAAGUUCCAAUACCAGACAAGAAGGAUUGGAAUGUUCCAAGUUUUGUUGUUGAUGAAGAAGUUUUGCCGCCCAAAUAUCGAAGACCUUCUGGUAGGCCAAAAAAAGGAAGGCAUGUGAAAUCAAGUGAAUCACUGUCUUCAAAUUCGAACAGCUGCGAUAAAUGUGGACAAGCCGACCACAAUCGUAGGACUUACGGUUUCUUUCCAAAGAAAUCAUGA